GCGGUGGGAGGUGCCGGCCGGGGGAGCCCAGCUGGAAGAGUCCCGCAAAAAGCACCCUGCGCGGGCAGAGCUCCGGGAGAGCGCACACCCGGCGUCCGCACCCCGCCAUGGGACGCUCCGGGUGCCCACGGCCGCCGCCGCUGGCCGCCCUGCUGCUGCUGCUGCUGCUGCUGCCGCCCCUUGGAGCAGGAGACUCCGGUCCCACAGAGAGCAGGCUUGUGAACAGCUGCCUCCAGGCUAGGAAGAAAUGCCAGGCUGAUCCUGCUUGCAAGGCUGCCUACCACCAACUCGAGUCCUGCACAUCCAGUCUAAGCACCGAGUUGCCCCUAGAGGAGUCUUCCACGUCUGCAGACUGCCUAGAGGCAGCACAGCAACUUAGGAACAGCUCUCUGAGGGGCUGCACGUGCCACCGACGCAUGAAGCACCAAGCCACUUGUCUGAACAUUUACUGGACUGUCCACCCUGCCCGAAGCCUUGAUGACUAUGAGUUGGAUGUCUCCCCCUAUGAAGACACAGUGACGACCAGCAAACCCUGGAAAAUGAAUCUCAGCAAACUGAGCAUGCUCAAACCAGACUCGGACCUCUGCCUCAGAUUUGCCAUGCUGUGUACUCUGAACGACAAAUGUGACCGUCUGCGAAAAGCCUACGGGGAGGCGUGCUCAGGGCCCCGCUGCCAGCGCCACCUCUGCCUGGCACAGCUGCGCUCCUUCUUCGAGAAGGCUGCCGAGACCCACGCCCAGGGCCUGCUGCUGUGUCCCUGCAGUCCCCAAGAUGUGGGCUGUGGGGAGCGUCGGAAGAACACCAUCGCCCCCAGCUGCGCCCUCCCUUCGGAGGUCCCCAACUGCCUGGACCUUCGGAGCUUCUGCCGAACGGAUCAGCUGUGCAGGUCACGCCUGAUGGAUUUCCAGACCCACUGUCAUCCUAUGGACAUCCUCGGGACUUGUGCAACCGAGCAGUCCCGAUGUCUGCGGGCGUACGUGGGGCUGAUUGGGACUGCCAUGACCCCAAACUUCAUCAGCAGGGCCAACGCCAGCGUUGCCCUGAGCUGCACCUGCCGGGGCAGCGGCAACCUGCAGGAUGAGUGCGAACAGCUGGAAAGGUCCUUCUCCCGGAACCCCUGCCUCACGGAGGCCAUUGCAGCUAAGAUGCGCUUCCACGGACAGCUCUUUUCCCAGGACCGGGUGGACUCUACCUCUCCUGAGAUGCAGCCGCAGAACCACAGCCCUGCUCUGAGACCACAGCUCAGUGUGCCUGCUCUUUCUCUCUCCACACUUGCCUGGAGUGCGCUUCAGACCCUCUGGUAGCCGGGCUUCCCCAGGGUCCUUCGUUCUUUCCCCACACCCAGACUGACGUGCUUCCCGUUACGGGAGAGGAAAUGACAGCCCCCGGGAGAAGAUGCAAGGUGGCGACACCACCGCAACCCUGGACCAAGCAAGUGUCCCACCUGAUGCUCCCACCUGAUGCGUGGCAUGCACGUGCGUCUUGCCUGCUCCAUCUGAGGGCUCCGGAGAAGCUAGGCUGUGACCUCCGAUCCUGAUUGGCUGGUUUUUGAACCUCCCUUAUACCUUCUUCUCUCUCGCUGACCCUCCCUAGGACUCUGUCACCCGGGUUCUGGUGGUGACUUGCUUCACCCCUCCCAUGCCUCCUUCCUGUUUCCCAGGACCGACCAAAGCCUAGCAAGUCAAUGGUUCCCUGUUGCAUUCUUCAGGAACGUGGGGCUGAGGGUUCUGAGGCAGCUGAGAAAGAUGUUCCCUUGUGAGGACGGCUGCUGUUCCUGGCCCCUCGUCCCCUCUGAAUGGAAGGUGAGAACCUCUGUCUUCACCGCCCGGCCAUGCGAUCCUGAACAUUUGGGCAUCAAGAGCGUUUGGGUCUUGCUCCUGAUACUGUCGCCAAGUCCCCCAGCCCUUGGAUCAUGAUUAAACAGUUUGACCUAAAA